GACUAGUCAAACUGUCAAAGUGAAGUCGCAAGCAGAGUCUGAAGAUCGAAAUUUGGGGAGGGCGAGUCAACAUCCGGCAAGAUGGGUUUCAUCGGAGAUUCGAUUGAUUCUUUGAAGUCCAUUAAUGUCAGACAGGCCUUGGAGCAGGCCAUCACUCUCGGUAUGAUCGUCUCAUCUGCACUAAUUAUAUGGAAGCUUUUGAUGUGUGUUACUGGUAGCGAGUCACCUGUUGUCGUCGUUCUUUCCGAAAGCAUGGAGCCGGCAUUCCAGAGGGGAGAUAUUCUAUUCUUAAGAAUGGGUGAAGACCCUAUUCGAGCGGGUGAAAUUGUUGUGUUCAACAUCGAUCGCCGCGAGAUUCCAAUUGUGCAUCGUGUAAUCAAGGUUCAUGAACGGAAUAAUACGAAUCCGAUAGAUAUUGAUGUCCUUACAAAAGGAGAUAACAACGAUAAGGAUGACCGAAUUCUAUAUGCACCUGGUCAGCAGUGGCUUAAUCGGCAACAUAUCAUGGGGAGAGCUGUGGGGUUUUUACCUUACGUUGGAUACGUUACAAUCAUCAUGACGGACAUCCCGAUUAUAAAGUAUGUUCUUAUUGGAGCUUUGGGUUUACUUGCAAUUACAUCCAAAGAUUGAUCACAUUAUCCCCUUCUGAUUUGGUCAUAUACACAUUUCUUUCAACCAACAAAAUCCAAAUGAUUGUAGGUGAGAAACUAAUGUAUUUCUACUUUUUUUUGUGGCCAUUUAUGAUGUGUUCACUUGCUCAUUCCCUCUUGUUUGUGGGGAACUUAUGCUAACAGCCACUAUAAAAUUUUAAUCAGCUAUUCCCUCUGGCCGUAAGGGUACU